AUGGAGGAGCAACAACAACAAGACCCUGCUCAAAUCACUGAAAUCGCUUGGGAACAAGAAGAAUCGAUACCUUCAAAUGCUGUUCUUCCGAAUUCAAUUGCAGUAGGCAUUGAUGAAAACAAGAAUGAUUUUAAAUCCUUCUCAUCUACUCUUACCAAAUCACGAGAUACAUUUGGAAACAGAAAGCAAAUACUUUCUGAACGACUGUUGGACGCGCUGGAACACAUUCCACUCACUUUAAAAUUAAUAUUGGUUGUGUUCUUUGCCAUACUAUCAUUAUGUGCAUUCGGAGCAUUGUUGAUCUAUCAGUCGUCCCAGCAAAUUGCCUCUGCCAAACAAAUUAAACAUUUAUCGGAAUUUUCAGUCCUGGUUUCAGACCUCGUACAUUGUUUACAGAAUGAAAGAGGAGCAACGACCAUGUAUAUGGUUUCAAACACCACCUUAUUUUCAAAGGAAAUUGAACAAUUUCAAGCCGAUAGUGAUGAGGCUAUUAAGGCUUUUCAAGAAAGAAAAAUAACCAUAGAAUCCAUUGUUGUAAAUUCCUCUUCAAGGUUUUUCUUGGAUUCUGUGCGAAAUAUUGGGAAAAUUCAAACAUACAUUGAAGGACUAACAAAUUGGAGAGCUCGUAUCCAUAAUUUUGAACUCACAGUUAAUGAUGCUCGGGAAUACUACACUUGUUGGAUUGCUCUCAUGUUGGAUACACUAUUGAUUUUGUCCACCCAAAGCACAGAUCCAAGGUUCUGUGAAAGCCAAAAUCUUGUGAAUAUUAUGAUUGAAAUGAAGGAGGUGGUCGGGAUUAAAAGAGCUAUUGGGAGUAGUGCAUUUGUGGAAGGAAAGCUCUCGUAUUCUAAUUUCACAUACUUUCUACAGUUGCAAUAUAGACAAAGCUUACUAUUACAUCGAUUUAAAUUACAGACAUCCACUGAAAAUUGGUUAACUUACGAGCGAGUGGUUGCUAAUAGCAGUUCUGCUUGUAAUGUCAUGGAGAAUUAUUUGGUAAACAAUUAUCAAAAAAUUACUCAAUAUAGUGCACCUCAAUGGUUCUUCAAUGUGACAUUGUUUAUGAAUGCAAUGCGAGAGGUCGAAAUUACGUUUCGAGCAGUGGCACUAAGUUAUGCAAGUGAUUUGAAUAGGCAGGCGACUGGAUCUCUGGUUGCCUUCACAGUGAGUACAUUCUUUGUGACUUGUCUUUCCACUUGCAUUGCAAUCAUUUUCUCAAAAACCAUUGUUGGACCAUGGCAAAGAAUUUUGGCAUUGCAAGAAGACACUGUUUACAAAUUUGUUCCAAAAGAAUUUCUCUCAAUUUUGAACAAGGAUAAAAUCACUGAUUUGAAAUAUGGAGAUUAUUUUGAAAUGGAAUUGGAUGUCAUGUUUGUGGAUAUUCGAAAUUAUACUGGAAUCAGUGAAAAUUUGCAAACAAAAAAGAUUUUCAAAUUAUUGAACAAGUAUUUGAAAAAUGUUGGUCCAAUCAUUCGAAAACACAAUGGUUACAUUGACAAAUAUUUGGGUGAUGGAUUUGUUGCCUUGUUUUUGGAACCAGGUCAUGCAGUCAAUGCAGCAAUUGAAAUUCAAAAUUCUCUAAAAGGUCUAAAUACUUCUCUAGGUCCAAAAUAUCCAACAAUAUCAGUGGGGAUGGGACUGGCGAGAGGAUUAGUGGCUGUUGGCUUAGUUGGUGAGUCUAGAAGAAUGGGUGCCACGAUCAUUUCUGACAAUGUCAACACUGCUGCAAGACUCGAAUCUUUGACGAAACAAUAUCAUGCAGUAAUUCUUUCAUCAAAAUCAAUUAUUGACACAACCUCGAGCGUAACACAAGAUGCGUUUCGAAAAGUAGGAAAUAUCGCACUUGUUGGAAAGAGUAAGGCACUUGAAGUGAUAGAAGUUAUUCCAUUUGAUGAUUCUCCAAAAAAAAUUACUAAGGAUUUGUUCGAGAAAGCUAUUGAUCAUUUGUAUGACCCCCAGAAAUUCAAUGUUGAACAAGCUAUUUCGUUGUUUCAACAAAUUCUAGAAAUUGACCCACAAGACAAGUUAUGUAAGAUCAAGCUAGAGCUAGCACAAUCCUUAUUACAAGAUAGUUCUUCAUGGACAUAUUGUGAUAGAUUAACGAAGAAAUAA